AUGGUUUUAUGUAUUGGUGCCGACAAGUCAGCUUUGGCUGCUGAAAUAGACGAGCAGAGGCCACUGCGUCAUUCGCCAACCUCCAUAGGAAAGCAGCACGAUUCAAGCUUAGGUGCAGCUCCCGUUGCCACUGGUGCUCUCCCCGCUGUUCGGGUUCCUGAUUCUGCUGCAGCAAGGGCUUCAGGCAGUAGCACGCAAGUAUACCUAGUAGAGGGGGAGAAGUUUCUUUUUUCCCUGUUCGUUCUCUGCUCAGGCCGGCAAAUAAAAAGGCAGCAGCAGGCACUCAAGAAUGCAGAAGAUAAGAUGAAUUGUAUUGGAGGAAAGAUCCCCCAUCCUCUAUCUCUACAUGGCAGCAAUUCUCUCAGAGGAGGCCGCAGGACGUUUAACCCAAUGUGUCUAAUUGACAACUGGUUCGAAGACCGCCUGAAUCCCGCCGCAAAGAAGCAACUUGACCUGUACACUGCAGCUGACGAUCGUCCUGCUCAUGGUCCAUUCGGUCCAUGGGCUAGUGAAUACACUACAGCCUACUCCAAAGGCAACUGGAAACAUGAGAAGAUUAAAAUUGCAUCUUCAACAAUUCUCGCAAUAGAUGAGACAGGACCACAGGACUGGACAUCUAGUUAUCGAUAUGAUUACAGGAACCGGCGGGAAGAAGAAGUUUUGGCCCGGAAGAAGUGCAUAGAAGGAGAAGAGAGGAGAAUGGAAGAGGCACAGAUAAGGCUGGCAGAGGCAGCAGCAGCAAGGGAGCCGGAGUGGCCUUUGACACCAGCCAUGGCAGAGCAAUUGCGCGGCCGCUGCUGCGCUGCCCCUCAUGCUCAAGGAGAGCGGGAAGCUGAAAUGGGAAUUGAGAGCGAACAAACAAAGGGACAGCAAGGUGAAGCUGCUGUAUGUUGCGGUCAUGAGUGUGGAUACCAUCGACCAGUGCUAUGUCCAAGAGAGACGCCCAGUGCAGAAAAUGAGCUGACGAGAAAAAUGGAAGAGAUGACUCUCCAGCGCGAGCACCACCAUGAGACGAGAAAUAGGCACGAAGCCGUCAGGUUUGCAGACUGCUGCACAACCCCGAAGCUAGAGUAA